UAGAAAGAGAUUGGAUUUUAUCUAGCUCUUUAUUUAAGUUUAAUAUGGCAGUUAAACUAAUAAGAUUUGUUUUGUAUAUAACCGUGAUUAGUGAAAUUAGUGGUCGAUCAUUACCUUCAUACAUCAAACCAUGCAAGCGAGAUGACCCGAAUAUUAAUGAGUGUUUAAUGAAUUUAUUGGAAAACAUUCGGCCAUAUAUCAGUAAAGGAAUACCUGAAAUGCACAUACUACCUUUAGACCCAGUGAUGGUACCAUCAGUGACUUUGAAACAAGAUUCAGCCGGUUCAGUUAAUUUUGUUGCAUUGUUUACAGAUUUGAAAGGUUAUGGAGCAAAAAAUUUUCAAAUGCAGACAAUCAAAGCUAGUUUCAAAAACCAAUCAUUGGAUAUCGACUUAAAUUUGCCUUUGUUCAGGAUCGAAUCCAGGUACGAAGUCAAUGGAAAAAUAUUAAUACUGCCUAUUAAAGGGAAUGGCAAAUUCGUUGGAAAUGUUACUAAUGCUGAAGCAAAGAUUAAAUUUGAUCUAAAAAUUGUUAAAAAAAAGAAUAACAAAACCUAUAUUGAGAUUAAACCAAAAAAAAUAACUUUGGAACUAGGUGCAGUAAAAUUACAUUUCAGUAAUUUGUUCAACGGUAACAAACAAUUAGGUGAUCAAACAAACCGGUUUAUAAACGAUAAUUGGAAGGAUCUAAUGAAGGAGAUAAGGCCGUUGCUUGAAGACACUGUUUUUACAAUAGUCAUGGGCAUUCUCAAACCAGUAUUUGAGACAUUUAGUAUGGACGAUCUUUUUCCAGUCUAGGCGACUAGAUGACAAAUUAAUAUUUAAUAAAAAAUGUCCUUGUUAUGUAUAUUACGUUAAAGAAAAAAAAUUAAUAUUGUUAAAUUAUAAAUUGAUUAAUAGUAAUAUUACAUCUUAAAAUCUUAUGAAAAAAAUAUAUCUCUAUAUUAUAUUUCUAACGAAGCAC